CUCUCAGCAGCGGAUGUUGUUCUGUGGCGCACUGCCUUCUGGGUAAUGUAAGGUGCAGACACGCUGUGCAGACCGGCGGUGAACGACGCAAACCGCAUCCGCAGUUCAAGGCGAGGGUGAAUGUAUUGUAGGUGAACACGUUGACAUGUUGAUCGCUUGUUCCCGUCGCGUACAGGAGUAAGAAGAAGGUAACUGCGCCGGCGCUGCUCGUCCAGUCCCCGGACACAAAGACGCGACAUGAGCCUGAACGAGCACUCGCUGCAGGCUCUGUCCUGGAGGAAGCUGUACCUGAGUCGGGCCAAACUCAAGGCUUCCAGCCGGACAUCAGCUCUGCUCUCCGGAUUUGCAAUGGUGGCUAUGGUAGAAGUGCAGCUGGACAACAGCUACCCAUACCCCCCUGCCCUCCUCAUUGCCUUCAGUGCCUGCACCACCGUCCUCGUGGCCGUCCACCUCUUCGCUCUGAUGGUCAGCACCUGCAUCCUGCCCAACAUCGAGGCCGUCAGCAACGUCCACAACCUCAACUCGGUGAAGGAGUCUCCGCACGAGCGAAUGCACCGACACAUUGAACUGGCGUGGGCCUUCUCCACAGUCAUCGGUACUCUGCUCUUCCUGGCCGAGGUGGUUCUCCUCUGCUGGGUCAAAUUUCUGCCCAUCAAGCCCAACAAGGGCAGCAAUAAUACGGUGUCGUCCGGCGUGGCUGCUGCGAUCACCUCCACCUCCAUCAUGGUCCCCUUCGGUUUGAUCUUCAUAGUCUUUGCUGUGCACUUCUACCGCUCCUUGGUCAGCCACAAGACCGACAGACAGUUUCAGGAGCUGGAGGAGUUAUCGAACCUCACCAGGCUUCAGAACGAGCUGGACAACAGAGGGGACUCUUCCAUCUUGCAGUCUCCGAGCUCACAUUUCCCAUAGGCAAGCAUGGUGGAUACAAAUCUAUGGUGGAACUCCUAGAAUAUCUCCAAGCCAGAAGCCUCAUUAUAGGUUUUACAUUUUUUCUUCUUCUGUUUUUUUUUUUGUUUUUUUUACAGGAAUGAAGAUAUAUAUAUCUCACGCCUUUGUUGUGAAAUUUACAUUUGUGAAAAUAGUUGUAUUUCUAAAAGACAUGUUUGAUCAACUGUGAACUCACCAAUCUACCAUGACGCAUGUAACUUGAAAUUGUAAAGUCUUAACUGUGAUAGUUGCUUGAUUUUAUCUCUUAAAUUAUGGCAGAGACAAUCUGAUCAAUAACUAGGAAUCCUGUCUGUUACCUGCUGCAUUUAUUUAUCCGUUUGUCAGUGAAGACUGUCUUGGUUAUUAUAUAUAUUACUUUGCUGUGUUUAAUGAACCACAGGUAUUUAACUCUUUCCUCUGUGUUUACCGUGCACACGAUUUAUUGUAAUGCUCACUACUUGCAUUUGUAACACCUGUUUUUUUUGCGUAGACUGGAUCAACAGCUGCCAAAACUUGAGUAUGGUACGAGUAUGCUUGCUGACAUGUUGUAGCUCAGGCUGUGGCACUAUAAUAAACACUUUUUUACCAAGUGUCA